GGAGUUUUCGUAUCUCAACUGCAUCGAAGCGUUUGUUUGGUCUUGCAGGACUCCUGGUCUUAGAAGCCUAAAGUCUUCAGGAACGAAAUUAGUAACGGGGAUUUCAGUGAUGACUUUUUAUUCCCAUUGAGCUUAUUCCAUUACAAAGUAAUCUCAGAACGAGCAGCUUUCCGUUUCCGGUGGGCUUGUUGCCGUAGUAACCAGCACGCACCACCAGUUUGGCUGUUAUGGCCGGGCUGAGCGGCGCGCAGAUCCCCGAUGGGGAGUUCACUGCGGUCGUGUACCGGCUCAUCCGGGAUUCGCGCUACGCCGAGGCCGUGCAGCUGCUGGGCGGCGAGCUCCAGCGGAGCCCGAGGAGCCGCGCCGGCCUGUCGCUGCUGGGCUACUGCUACUACCGCCUGCAGGAGUUCACGCUGGCGGCCGAGUGCUAUGAGCAGCUGGGCCAGCUGCACCCGGAACUGGAGCAGUACCGUCUGUACCAGGCCCAGGCCCUGUACAAGGCCUGCCUUUAUCCAGAGGCCACCCGGGUCGCCUUCCUCCUCCUGGACAACCCCGCCUACCACAACCGCGUCCUCCGUCUGCAAGCCGCGAUCAAGUACAGCGAGGGCGACCUGCCCGGGGCCAAGAGCCUGGUGGAGCAGCUACUGGGCGGGGAAGGGGGAGAGGACAGUGGGGGCGAGAACGAGCCCGAUGGUCAGGUCAACCUGGGGUGUUUGCUCUACAAGGAGGGACAGUAUGAGGCCGCGUGUGCCAAGUUCUUUGCGGCCCUCCAGGCUUCGGGCUACCGGCCUGACCUUUCCUACAACCUGGCUUUGGCCUAUUACAGUAGCCGGCACUAUGCCUCGGCUCUAAAGCACAUCGCCGACAUUAUUGAGCGUGGCAUCCGCCAGCACCCGGAGCUAGGUGUGGGCAUGACCACUGAGGGCAUCGAUGUUCGAAGUGUUGGCAACACCUUAGUCCUUCACCAGACUGCCCUGGUGGAAGCCUUCAACCUCAAAGCAGCCAUAGAAUACCAACUGAGAAACUAUGAAGUGGCCCAGGAAACCCUCACUGACAUGCCACCUAGGGCAGAAGAAGAGUUAGACCCUGUGACCCUGCACAACAAGGCGCUAAUGAACAUGGAUGCCAGGCCUACAGAAGGGUUUGAAAAGCUACAGUUUUUGCUCCAACAGAACCCCUUUCCCCCGGAGACCUUUGGCAACCUGCUGCUGCUCUACUGUAAGUAUGAGUAUUUCGACCUGGCAGCAGAUGUCCUGGCCGAGAAUGCCCAUUUGACUUACAAGUUCCUCACACCCUAUCUCUAUGACUUCUUGGAUGCCUUGAUCACCUGCCAGACAGCCCCUGAAGAGGCUUUCAUUAAGCUUGAUGGGCUAGCGGGGAUGCUGACUGAACAGCUCCGGAGACUCACCAAACAAGUACAGGAAGCAAGACACCACAGAGAUGACGAAGCUGUCAAAAAGGCAGUGAAUGAAUAUGAUGACACUCUGGAGAAGUAUAUUCCUGUGUUGAUGGCCCAGGCCAAAAUCUACUGGAACCUUGAGAAUUAUCCAAUGGUGGAAAAGAUCUUCCGCAAAUCUGUGGAAUUCUGUAAUGACCAUGAUGUGUGGAAGUUGAACGUGGCUCAUGUCCUGUUCAUGCAGGAAAGCAAAUACAAAGAAGCUAUAGGUUUCUAUGAACCCAUAGUCAAGAAGCAUUAUGACAACAUUCUGAAUGUCAGUGCUGUUGUGCUGGCUAACCUGUGUGUUUCAUAUAUUAUGACAAGUCAGAAUGAAGAAGCUGAGGAGUUGAUGAGGAAGAUUGAAAAGGAGGAAGAGCAGCUGUCCUAUGAUGACCCCGAUAAGAAAAUCUACCACCUCUGCAUUGUGAAUUUGGUGAUAGGCACACUUUAUUGUGCCAAAGGAAAUUAUGACUUUGGUAUUUCUCGGGUGAUCAAAAGCCUGGAGCCUUAUCAUAAGAAACUGGGAACUGAUACCUGGUAUUAUGCCAAAAGAUGCUUCCUGUCCUUAUUAGAAAACAUGUCAAAACACAUGAUCGUGCUUCGUGACAGUGUUAUUCAAGAAUGUGUCCAGUUUCUAGAACAAUGUGAACUUUAUGGCAGGAACAUACCUGCCAUUAUUGAACAACCUCUGGAAGAAGAAAGAAUACAUACUGGAAAGAACACAGUCACGUAUGAAUCCAGACAGCUAAAAGCUUUGAUUUAUGAGAUUAUUGGGUGGAAUAUAUAGUGAUGUCUGAUAAUGUCUUUUAUCAAAAAAUGGCCUUUAUUUAGAUUUGGUUUCCAGUUUAUCAGUAUUUAUCUUUGGCAUCUUCACAUGUUACACAUUGAGGCUUGAAUACUUAAAAUUAUAAUAACAAAUAUUCUGCUGGAGGGACUUUUCCAGUUAAUUAAGAAAAGUAUGGAGCCCAUGUAUAAGCUAGCUCACUUUUGUAUUCCCUCUGCCAGUAGUCACCAGGUUUGCCCUCAAGCAACAAUUGCUAGAGUAACAUCUUUGCAUAAGCAAGUAACCCUCAAUAGCAGUUUAUAUCGUAAUUUUAGGGUGUAGAAAAGGUGGCAAGAGCCAAUGAAUUGUUAAAGUGGGUAUGUUUGCUUUCCUCUGGUGACUGCUAUAUAAAUGAUUGCUAGGCCAUGGCUGGACUUUUUUUCAAUCAGCAAAUAAAGACAGGUCCAUUGUGCCAUCCCAGGAUAGACUGUGCUAUCCAAUAAAACCAAAUCUGACCUUAA